AUGGCGGCUGAAACCCCACCGGAUGCCGCGCCGAAGACGGCCCCUCGCGAUGUUGAAAUCCAGAGCCAGAUCGGCCAGCGCCAGAACUGGGACAACCACCGCGCCUUCCUGCUGACGUGCAUCGGGUACGCCGUCGGGCUCGGCAACGUCUGGCGAUUCCCCUACUUGGCUUAUGAGAAUGGAGGAGCCGCCUUCCUGUUCCCCUACAUCUGCUGCAACAUCCUCUUCGGCAUGCCGCUGCUGUACAUGGAGUUCAGCUUGGGCCAAUAUAUCCAGACCUGCCCGAGCGUGAACUUCUACAAGAUGAAGCCCAUCCUGCAGGGCGUCGGCUGGGCGAUGGCUGCCAUCUCGUUUCUCAUCGGCGGCUACUACAUUAUGAUCGUGGCGUGGAUCGGUCGCUACCUUGCUGCCCUGUACCGCAUCGACGAUUGGACGACGUGCAAGGGCGCCGGCAAGUACAAGGAUAUCUGCUACUCGGUCGCCGAUACCGCCAACGCCGACCCGCCCUGCUCCAAAGGGCAGAACUACUAUCACGGGAACUGCACGGUGUUUGGAGAUGAUGAGCGGCGAGUGGCACUCACGGCCAGCCAGAUUUUCUUGAAAUAUGAGGUUCAACUGCGCACGGACAGCUUCACCGACCUCGGCGAGUUCUCGUAUGAGAACGCCGCCUCCCUCUUCGUCAUGUGGCUGAUCGUGGGCAUCGUGCUCUACAAGGGCAUCGAGAGCAUUGGCUGGGCGGCCCACGUCACCGCCACGCUUCCAUAUUUUAUCAUUGGCGUCCUCUUCCUGAGAGGGGUGACGCUGGAAGGCGCUGGAAAAGGCAUCCAGUUCUACCUGCUGCAGCCGAGGAUGGAGUACAUCGCGAAUCCACAGACGUGGAAGGCGGCGCUGGCGCAGGCGUGCUACUCGCUCUCCGUCGGCAUGGGUGGGCUGCAAUCGAUGGCGUCGUACAACGACCGCAGACACAACGCUUUGAGGGACGCGGCGUUCGUCGCCGGGGCCGACAUCUUCAUGUCGAUCUUCGGCGGUGUGGCCGUCUACUCGGUGCUUGGCCACCUGGCGACGAUCAAGAAUCAGGACGUGGACGCCGUGGUCGAGUCGGGCGUGACCCUCGCCUUUGUCACCUACCCGGAAGCCAUCUCCACGAUGCCGGGCGCUACGAUUUGGGCCGGCCUCUUCUUCCUAAUGCUCUUUUUGCUCGGGAUCAUCUACAUGGAGACGGUGGCGACGACGAUCCAAGAUCAGUGGCCUGUCAUGAAGAAGCAUCGCACUCCGAUGCUGGUCGCCAUCUGCAUCUGCGGCUGGCUUUCCGGGCUCAUCAUGUGCUUUGGGGCUGGCGUCCACUGGCUAGAGGUUUGGGACACGUACACCGGUAUGGCGUUGACGUUCAUCUGCUUCUCCGAGAUUGUUGGGGUCAGCUACCUGUACGGUUGGCAAAACUUCCGGCACGACCUCGAAUCAAUGUUCGGCCAGCCGUCCGGCACGCUCGGCAAGUACUUCGGCCAGACCGGCUACUACUUCUUCAUGGACUGGCUGGCCAUUGCCCCGGUCAUGGGACUGUUGAUGAUCAUCUUCUCGUUCACCGGCGACUUUGACAACCCGAUCAUCCUGGCGAAGGCGGCCGAGAAGGAGCGGCUCUUCGGCAGCCAGGCCGAGUCGGAAACCGACAUCUGGGCGAAGCGCGGUUUCGGCAUCGCAAUGGCCAUCCUGGUGGUGUGCUGGAUCCCGCUGGUCGGCGUCUGCAACAUCAUCAGGAAGUCGCAGUCUGGGGAUAUCGGGGACGCGUUCCGCCCCCAGGAAAAUCACCCGUCAUACAAGCGGCUGGUCAAGGAGGCUGAGGCCGGCCUCGAGACGUCCAGCUUCUUCGACAACAUGUUCAACGUCGGGUUCGGAAGGGCUGACGCCUCCACCCCCGAUGCAACGAACACUACCUCAACUCCCGAGUCAGCGAGCAGCAUGUCGGCAGUCGUC